GCCAUUUCCGAGCCCAUUCUCGAGUUCAACGCAAAAGACGACUCCAUUGUCCGGAUAAGAGCCCUAAAUCAAUCAUCUGUUCGAAGGAAACGCGGAUUUUGAUCAAAUGAUACGAGCGGUGAUUGUGAUGAACGACAAAGGCAAGCCUCGGCUUGUCAAAUUCUACGAUUAUCAGCCCUUGGAGAAGCAACAGGAGCUGAUUCGGAAUAUUUACGGAGUUCUGUGUAGCAGGGCUGAGAAUGUCAGCAACUUCAUUCAGGCUGAUAUCAGUUUUGGACCGGAUGCCCGACUUGUGUACAAGACUUAUGCAACGUUAUACUUCAUCGUUGUAUUCGAUAGCUCUGAAAAUGAGCUGGCAAUGCUAGAUCUUAUGCAAGUAUUUGUGGAGACAUUGGACAAGUGUUUCAGUAAUGUUUGUGAGCUGGAUGUGAUCUUCAACUUUAACAAGGUUCAUACUAUAUUAGAUGAAAUUGUGUUGGGAGGUCAAGUACUUGAAACGAGUUCUUCAGAAGUUGUGAUAGCUGUUGAAGAAAUCUCCAGGUUGGAGAAGGCCUCAAAUUCAAUCCUGCUUGUCCCAAAAUCCAUUCCUGGCUGGCAGGCUCGAUAGGAUAUGAUUUCUAUAGGUGUGGAGAAUGCUUGAAGGAAUCUAAGGAAGCAUGCUGACGCAGAACAAGGAGCUGUGAGAGUCGGGUUCUGAGUGUGGAAAAUCCAGUAUAAAGUUUUGGCUACGGUAGUAUCCUCGGGUUAGUUUCGUUUUGCGUUUAGGUACCAAAAAAAUCCUUAAGAACAGGCGAUGCUUAGAAAUUUCUGGCCUGUUGAGGCAUGGAGAACUUGUCCUCGUUGAAACAUUGUUUAAACUAACAAAGUAGUGAAAAUGUUGACCGAAGGUAGCUUAAGUAAUCGCCAAACUGAUUUAAUAGCU